AUGCAUUCAUUGAACUUUGAACUUUUAUUUAAACCACUUUGUGGAUCCAUAAACAAUUUGGAAAAUUUGAAAAUUGAUACAAUUGAACCACUUUAUGUUCCUAUCGGAAAUGAUAUGAUUUUAUUUAAAAUUGUGACAAGUUCAAUGAAAUCAGAACCAAGAAUUGUCAUCUUUAAUGAUAAAAAUGAAAUGAUAAUUAAUAUCGUGCUAUCUGAAUCAAAUUUAAGUGUUACUGCGUAUUGUGUAACUUCAGCAUAUUUUGAUACUCAAAAAUCCUUAUCUGUAAACUUGUUGUUAGCAACAUCUGACAGUGUUUUACGUCUAAUUAAAUGUUCUACAAAUGACUACAAUCAAUCAGGUGAAGGCAAAUGGGAACAAAUUAGAAUUUAUCCAACAGGUGAACAAGUCACUAAACUACUAGCAAUAAACUGGAAUCCGUUGACAAUCAUGUGUGGACAUCAGUGUGGUGAAAUCAACUUUUAUACAAUACUGUAAUGCUGAUGUCUCUGUGUUAUUCAUUACACGUAAACAUAUCAUCCCAACUGCCUCAUAACUUUCACCUUAUCUUCAUAUUAAACUAACUUUUAUAAAUGCACUUCAUCUUACACUGAAUCAAUCACG